AUGGAGAUUACAUACAAGACUCUGAACUUGGAUAUGGACAAGGAAGACUUUGGACCUACUAUCCGCGUCGGCCUGGUUAGCCAGUCCGCCCCUGGGCUGAGAGGUAUGACCGAAGAGACAUUACACGUCGAGCUGGCUUCUGAAUUUUUCCGCGAGGAUCUUAUCUGA